GCAUACAAGAGGAAAACAGAAGCGGCCAAGAAGGAGUAUCUGAAGGCACUGGCUGCGUACCGGGCCAGUCUCGUCUCCAAGAGCUCAGCCGACCAGGGGGAGACGAAAAGCACCCCGAGCAAUCCACCUUCCAAAAUGAUUCCCCCCAAGCAGCCUAUGUACCCAAUGCCACCGCAGGCUUCCUCGCCCUACCCCGGCCUGGGCUCGUUCCUGUCCCCAUCAGACCUGCAGAACUACCGCGGCCACCCGCACCCCAGCCUCUCCAGGACCCUCACCCCCAAACCCAUGCUGCCCAGCAUCAGUGCCUCCCCGCCUCCCUCCUUCCAGAUCAGCCCUCCCCUGCACCAGCAGCUCUCCUUGCACCCGCAGAGCUCCCUCCUCAGCCAGCCCCUCAGCAUGCAGCAGGUCCCCCAGCAGCCCCUCCUGUCCCCCCCCAUGGCACUACAGGUACAGCCCCCCAUGAACUCCUCGCCUCCCGGGCAGCAGGACUUCUCACACAUUUCGUCUGAGUUUCCAAACAGUGUUGGACCCCGCUCUCCUGGCGCAUCAAACCCUCCAGGCAGCACCGAGUGGGACGGCGACUACCCCAGCAGAGAGUGUGGGAUUAACCACUGCAGGCCA